AGGGGCACUGCAGUGGCGUAGGACGCUGUGAGGUCAUUACUUUUCACCCUACUGGGAGUUACACCAACAAAGAACACUGAUCCAUGUGUUAGUGUGAACAAAGUGUCUCACAAAACACAAUAAACACUUACAGGGAAGUGUGAUCAGCUUCUUUAGUGAUAAGAUUGUGAACAAUAAAGACAAACCUUAUGGAACAUAGUGUACCAGUGUGCGUAUUCCUAGACUAUGGAAGACAUGGACAUCCAAGGACACUUCAGUUUCUAUCAAGUCACCGAUACCUGUCGAGGGUGUAAAGAACACCAUAGCUCCCACUACAAGAGCAAGAUGAUGGGGAUAGUGAUGCUGCGGGAGGAGAAUCUGAAGGAAGAUUAUAACAUAAUGAAGGAGGAGAGAGACCACCUGGGACGCCAGCUCUUCUACGCUCACAACUUCCUCAAAAACUUCAACAGCAAGCUACGCGAACUCACCGAGAACUACGCUGCCAUCGCUCCUGUCAUUGAGAUGAAGAACCGCCUGGCGGAGGAGGUGCAGCGUCUACAGCAGCAACAUUCACAGCGUGAAGAGACCCACAGUAAGGAGUUGGAGAGCUUGCGUGAGGAGAUGACGGAGGUGAAGAGGGAAGCAGAGAAGAAAGUGGAAGAGGCGGUGCAGAAGGAGCAGGACAAAGCGAAGGCAGCAGCAGCAGCAGCGGCUGAGGCACUGAAAGAAAGGGAGGAACAGUUGGCCACUGUGAAACUUGACCUCGCAGAUGUGCGAGAGAAACAACUGCAGGUGCUGAGGGAACUACGUGUGAAGCACCACGACGAGAUGGAGAAGUUACGAGGUCGUCUGUCAAGGAUGCAGCAGUCUCUCUCCUCACGCGCUACCUCGGAUAUGGACCUUGUUGCUAACAAGCUGCAAGCUACGAGGGCCGAGUACCAGGAGCAGUUGCGGGAGCGCCAGGCACGAGUGACGCAGCUGGAGGAGGAGCUGCAGCAGGCACGGGACACCCUGCGGCACCACCAGCUGCUGAGUGUGGUAAGAGGCGUGGCUACAUCAGCGCCUGCUGCCACGCCCACGCCCACGCCCACGCCCGCUUCCUCACCACUACACAUUACAUUCUGUGCGGUAGAUGACAUAGCAGGUAAGAGUGAGGAAGGUGGGGAUUUAAACGGUGAAUGCAGUAGUGAGCACGGAGCAGGUGUGAGCUCUGGCAGAGCAGGUGUGAGUUCUAGUGAAGCAGGUGUGAGUUCUAGCGUGACCCGGAGACCGGCACACAACCGCACUAAGCCCGUGCCUCGGGCUCACAACACCUGCCCUCCAAUUAAAUCCAACACACUAACCAAGCUGGGAAACAAGCGCAAACUGUACUCUGGCAAGUCCUUCCUCCAGGAGGAACAAGACGAACUGCUGCAACCCUAGACGGAUUACCCUCAUAACGAUUGCAGACUCUUGGGGUAACAAACUGAACUUAAGAAUGACAAGAGUGAACCUAUGGGUGACAACCGGAACCUGUGUGGCAAAGGGUGAAGCACACUGCCCAGUGCAUGAAAUUUGUUAGACAUUCUAUUAAACUUAUUUAGCUAAACAAGUCAAAAUUUUUAUUUUGGAAACUUUUUAUACAAAAUUUCUUUUUUUAUAUUUUGAUCAUUUUUACUUUCCCAUUACAACAUUUUUUUUUUGUCUUGAAAAUGGCGUUUGCCACUAUUGAACACUAACCUCGAAUCAGAGCUGAUCAGUUAGAAAUUACUCAUUUUAGAAAUUACUCAUUUUUAUGUUACUUUGAUGAAUACUGUCUUCAGUUUUGAAGUAAUUUGCAAUAAAAUUAUCACUUUA